AUGAAUAAGCUUCAGCACACGCAACUUCAAGCUCUAACUGCAAUAAAUAGCCAAUUAGAUACUAUUCCACAGCAUGUAAACGACCAGAAUAUUGAUAGUCUAGUCAAUGGUUUAAAGUCCAGGCGAAGGCUUAGCUUUCAACUGCAAUCAACUUUACGACCGGAAAUAACGAGCGAUGAAAAGAAUCUUAACGAUGUGCUGGAGGUGGAAGAUACUAAUGAUUCACGAACAAUUGGUGACUCCUUCUUAUCCUCAAAGCGGUCAUCAAAAAUUUCUAAUCGUAACACAAAAGAUCUAGCAUCUAGCAAUGGUAUCGGAGAAUUAGAUAGGAAGUAUCUCUCGGCGGAACCCAAUUCCGAUUCCGAGAACACAAAUGAAAUGUCUAGCAACUUGGAGGAUAGAGAUGAUGAUGACUUAUCUGUACGACGACGGAGGUUCAAAAAUCAUCCUACCCUUACCAUAAACACAAGUAACAAUUCGUCACAUCGUUUAAUAACGCCGGAAUCUUCGGAUUCUGAGUUUGAUAUCUCAACUGCACACAUGCCAUUAGCACCUACUCUGGGCGAAGGUCGAAAUCCUUUACGUGUUGCGAGGAAUAAUAAUAGUUCAGUCGAGAUUUAUAAGAAUGAUAGGCGUGGUAAUCGUCCUUCCAGUAUGAUCUUUAAUUCGAUGGAUGAGGUGAUAGAAGAGGAAGGCGAAAUUACUGAACAAAAAUUAGUUGAUGAACGAUCUUCCGAAGAAGGGAUCAGGGUGCGAGAUAAACAAACGCCGUUAGUAAACGGACGAAAGCAUGCUCAGAAGUAUAUGGGCGAAUAUGACAUUGAAAAGUCCAGCAAAAUAAAUCUUCGAACGCAGAUGGAUGAAUCAUAUGCGGUCGCUGAUGCACAAGAUGAUAAUUGCAGUGUAAUAUCAAGUGAAUCUUUAUUGGAAGAAAUCGGCGUAUUAAGGUCGCGCAUCCAGAGACUAGAGUCCGAACAUGCUAAUCUGGAGGAUGAUCCUGCAUCAGAAAGGAAACAACGAAGAAAGAGAAAUGUCACAGAUUCAUCGAUAUCGCCGUCCGCUGUUUCUCCUAGCAGUUCACAGGGCGGCGCAAGCUCUUCAAAUACCAGCACGCAUCGCCGACCUUCAACAGCCGCUCAACACAAUAGGCACUUGCAAAAUGCCUUUGAUUUUUUCGAGAAGGCUUUUGCAACAUCCGAUCAAUACUUGGAUGAUUCUUCUCCUCCGCCGUCGCACUCGAUGGCCAUGGUCGUAUCAUCUGCACUUAUGCUUAACACGAAGUUGCGUGGUACUAUAGCGCAAAUGGAUGAUAAAACCUUGGAAAACUCUAUGAAGGUUCUGCUAAAGACAAGCGAUGAACAGAUCCGAAGUCUCACCGAAUGUAUAUUAGCGCUAUCUUCACUUGCACCGAAGAAACAAUCCAAAAGAAUUCCAUUGGAAAGAGACCUCGGCGUGAGGGGGCAUUCCCAUUACCCCAGUGACUCAACUUUUUUGCAAAUGCCAACUCCUGCUCAUUCAACACGAUCGGUCUCUCCCAUACCAAGGAUAUCAUCCGCAACCGAAAUAAAUAAUGAAUCCCAAAAUUUUGUCGAUCAGAUGGAUAAUUCUACACACCGAGUCCUUCCUACCGAUCAACAAUCACCCUAUUACAGUCAGCCACAGAGACCCCGCUAUAAUCGUGUCUCUCGACCACCUUCUCCUGUUCUACCACCAGAGAACAUUAACGACCCUCCGUAUUCACAAUUUCCUUCGUCUCGCGUUCUUGAAUAUCGUAGUCGACGGAUUUCCAUAGGUGCAUAUGGUGGCUCGUAUUCUGGUACGCAACAAAAUACAUCACCAUCACCCCCUCCACCUUCGGUUCUUAAUUACGAUGCUUCCAACUCAAAUGGCCGAGUAUAUUACGACCGUGGUGAAAUUUCACGUUUGCAGAAAUAUGGUAAUCAAUCUUUGAAUAACAACACACCAUCCUCUACCUACCAACGAAUAAAUUCUCGCCCUUCUUCAUAUAUACGCACGGAGGAACCAAUGCAUCCGACCAACCACGCUCGAAAUACAUCCGUCUCAUCUGUAUCAUCGUUACAUCGUUCUUCAUCCGGGAGGUCUUAUGCCUUACGCGGCGGUAAUGACGAGUUUACCGCUAGUCCGGCGUCAACAACUUCUAGGCAACAACCGCGAAUGUACGAAUAUGCUCGUAGAUAUCCGUCGGAUAAAACCCAAACUCCAAUUGAAAAACGUCAAACUCCCAUGCCCGAUAUGGAGCGAAGAUAUGUAAGACGUGGAGGUAACAAUUUGGAACUAGAAGGAUAUGAUCUUCAAAAUGGUUAUGGUGAACAUAUCAUCGAGAGAGAUUAUAUGCUGAGGGAAGAAAAACCCGGAUUAAGAAGGAAUGAUUCCAAUAGUAGCACCAGCAGCAUUUAUAGGCCAAGGUUGGUACCACCGUUGGAAGACCAGGAGAUUCAAAAUAAUGGCGAAGAGGGUAGCAGUGAAGAAAGUCGUAGCAUUGAGGAUCGCGAGGAUGAUCUUCGAAACAAUGUUAGUCAAGAUCUAGACCAGACCAACGGGACGAGCAACAAUAAUAUUAUUGAGAAUGGUUAG